AUGUUGGGAUAUGAACGCCGCAAGCAGACUGAAAUGCUAUUAGGUGCUCAGUAUGUUGAUGCAGCUUACGCUUCUCAAGCUCCUCCAUAUCCUGAAUCGAUAAACUAUGAUGUACUUAAAACCUUCAUUGAAAGUAGCCCUGUUCCAGAAAUUCUUGAUGUAUGGUUGGACAACAUCAUGGAAAAAAUUCCUAAAAAGCUCAAAUGUGGCAAAGAGACGGGACUGAACAAGGUUCUAGAGGAAGUGCGACAAAAUUUUUUACAA